AUGCUUAUUCUAAUUUUCUUAAAUUUUAUAGUAGGCAUCUAUUGUGUGAAUAGAAAUGAAAGCAAAGUUAUAUUGACUGAUUUGUAAUAUAAUGAAUAAAUGCUAGUUACAAUAAAAAUUCGCCGGUUUUUGUGAUAGCUCCUUAUUAUGAAUCAUUUACAAUCGACUUAUUCGAUUCGAAAGAUGUCUUAGAAAACACGAGCUUUAGUGAUGUAAACUCCACAAACUAGAAUUUGACGUUUAAAAUCACUCCUUUUGUAGAAAAUACAUCCUAAUCCAUAGAGUAAGAUGUUGAUGGCAUCUUAGGUCAGCAUUUUGUCCAAUUGAUGAAUGGGGUCCUCUGUACCAACCUGCUCGUUUCUAUUUGAGCUUAACCACAAUAGAUCUCCUAUUUUAUAAUCAAAGUGAUGAUAAAAUAGUCCAGGUCUAAAACAGUUUGCACAAAGAUUUGUAAGAUUUGGAUGAAAAUUUUUUAAAUAUUUCUUGCUAUUCCAUAUUCCAAUUACGAAAAGAUAACUAAUUUGGGUUGGAUUGUAAUCUAAACAACAACACCACAGUGCUUAUUUUUGACUUAAUAUUUGACGAGCAAACAUUAAUUAUAGAGGAUUUCGUUUAUAAUACCUACUAUUACUAUUCUUACGAAGAUGAAGACAACUAGAAUUUCCUUACGAAAUGUCAGUUCAGAAAAACUAUCAAUGCAAAUAUACUAGAUGUUGCUAAUGAGAUAAAAUUUGAAUUUAUACAAUAUUGUCCUAGUCUAUUCAACGAAAAGGCAAUUACAAACGAAUUCUUAAUUAUUUAUCAUGAAAUAAUACAUAAGGAUAACAAUACCUUGUAUUUGCAUGCCUAUAAAGCAACUACUGCAGAUAUAGACUCUUGCAAUUUGGAUCCCAAUACAAUGAUAGAACAGAUAUUUAUAAAUUCAAUGAUAAAUGGAUAUGAUAAUUAAACUUGGAAUGUUGGAUUUUUGUUUCAGUUUUCUCCCAAAAUUUGUAAAUGUAACAUCCAGGAGAUCUAUGCUUCCCAUUACAAUAUACUCUGCAAGAGUACACUGAUUGAGCGUAUUGAAUUCGAUAUUUUAUAGUCUAUUAGCCAAACCAAAUCAGAUAGGUGCAAAAUCUAAAUGAUGAAGUAGUCCUUGUGACUGGAACCAACUUGGCUGUCCUCAUUAUCUAUUUGGAAAGAUCCUAUCAAUCCCAAAACUACUUUACUCUUAGCUAUAAAGAGAUUUUUGAGCCUGGCUUUCUCUUAGUUGAUGUGUCUAUUACAAGUCAAUAUUUAGCUGUGAUUAUGACUGAUUCUCCAAUUGCUCAAUAGAUUUCUCCAUUAAAUUAAAACCCUAACUUAUACUGUUCUAGGUAAACUCCUGAAGAAACUAAAAAUAUAUUGAAGAUCUAUUACUUGAAUUCCGAAUACAAAACAGUUUAUUAUUAAUCAAACACUUUUAAUUAGUUUCAGAAUUUCUUUCAGAGCCUAAAUUAAAUAGAAUUUGGAAAUUUCAUUCUAUUAUAUAAUUACUUCGAUCAAAAAAUCAAUGUCAUUACGUUAUUUGAGAAGUACGUAUUAUGCUAUUGAUGUUUAGACAAAUGAAUGUAUCUUAUUAGUUGGGACAGGACAACUUAACUUAAACUUAUAAUCAGUAAAUCAGUCCAAUCAUUGUAAGACACUUCAAUAAUUAUUUUCAAGAUUUCCUUUAAUAUUUCAGGUGGAUACAUGGCAUUGGAUCAAUUCCAGAACACUUACAAUUACAUCCUGAUGACGUUCUAAAGAUACAUCAUUUUAUGCUUUAUCAAGUUGGGAGAUAGCAAUUUCCAACUGAUUGCUUAAGUACAUAAGCUUGAGGAGAAAGAGUAGCAGAGUUUGACUUUGUGUCCAAUUAGCAAAGACAUUUACGUAUUCCAAGAAAUCAUAAAUUCAAUUGACUUAUUUGAAGGCGUAAUUUGCUUUAUCUAUUGUUGUAGAUUAUGGGUCCAUUGUUAAAUUUCAACUAUGUUCCCAAUUACAAUGUGAGCAAAUAUUAUCCCUUUUAUUAAAAUCACAAAGCAAUCAUUAAAGAAAAUCAAAUCUAUAACAACAAACACAAUCAAACAAGAUAAGUGUUCAAAGUGUUGAGCGCUGUAAAUAAAAACAUAUUCAUAACUUCCAACAUCUUUGGAAUAGUUGAGAUCCUAUUGACCUACUCUAAUAGUCUAAACAAUUAAACCAAUAGUGAAGCCAUCAUAAUUAAUAAAACUUGUAUCAUAAAUGCAAAGCAAUAUGUAUCACUUAUGAAUGGUUAUUCUUUUAGGAAAGCUUCUCAAAGUAGUUCCCCAUAAAUAUUGAAAUUUAACAGUGCGUUGAGGAGAAGGAUAAAGAUCUCCAAAAAUAUUUGAGUCAGGUUGAUUACUUCAAAUAAUUUGAAUAUUUUGACAUAGCAGUGUAAUAUAAAGAUUCAAUGUAAAUCCUUCUUAUUGACGUUAUUAGUAUUGUAUUUUGCCAAAAUAAAAAUUCAAUUAUUGGAUAGCAACGAUGUCAGAGUAUCACAGAAAUGAAAUCCAAUGAUAACAUAGUGCAAAUUUACAUUCUUCAAGGACCGAUUAAAAAUGAGAGGAUUAAUUACUUUAUCACUAUUCUUUAUAGUUCAAGUGGGACUAGAUUAUACUUCUACAUUUUAGAUCUUUUUGUAAAUGAUAAUUGUAAAAUUGUAGUUGCCAAGCCAAAUCUAUCCGGAGAUCAAAUAUCAUGAUAUCUACUGUUACAAUAUAUUAGAUACUCACAGUUCAAUUGUCUCCUUUAGAUACACUUAUGUUAACUAAUAAACCUUAUUCAUAUUGUUCAAUGAUGCAAGAAUCGUUGUUUAUACACCUGGACCCAUCAACUCAACCAAGGAAAUUAAAUUGUAUAAUUACACCUCUACAUUAACCAAUCUUGUUCUUAACAUCAAGGAAUGUGAGAAUAACAGUUUCUUAGGAUUUGAAAUUACUAAAUAUUUCUAGUCCAAAUUAGCUAAGUAAUAUUUAAUCGUUUGGUGCCAAGAAAAUUAAAACGGCAAUUACACACCUAUUUUACUACAAUACAUAAUUACUAAUAUCAAUUAGAUUAAUUUUUGGAGGAGACUACCCCAUUAUGAUACUAUUUUGAGUAAUCAAAGCAAAAUCCUGAUAUCUGGCCUCAUUUUGUAUGUUCCCAUCAUUACAAAGAGUGUCUACAAUGACUAUUUUUAGAAGUACUACAUUUACAAUUUGGAAGACUAUACUGCCAGAUCUCUGGUUGAGAAAAUAGAAAUUGAGAAGAAGAAGAAGGAAUAAAUAGUAAAUACAUUAAACUAUAUCCUAGAUAACAUAUCCUAUAAGCAACUUAAUGGAUUCAUUUAUAGCUGGAUCCUCUAUAAGUUUGACUCUCAUUAUCACAGAGAAGAAAUUCGAAAUUUAUUAUUUGAAUUAGAAGGCAGAAUUUAUAUUUCAUCUCUAGUAGCAGUUCAUUCCUGAAUACAACGAUUCUCCAUUUUUGUUGAUCAUUGGUGUCUUUUAAUCUUAAAAGCCCAACGUUAUGUAUAGGUACUUACUAUGCAUUAUUACUAGAAAUUACACUUUGGUUUACAAUUUCUCAAGCACCUAGAUCUCAUUUGCGUAUAAUUGUUCAUCAUAAUACAAAGUAGAAGUAAACUACGAUUAAAUCAGCUAAGCUGGAGGAUAUUAUUAAUUUCUCUUUUUAGUUAAUGUAAAUAUUGCUUUAAAUCUGAUAGUAAUCUUUCUUCAAUGGUCCAAUUGCUUCCUACGAUUACUAAUCAAAUCAAUAGAAUUUGUCUAUUAUUCCAUCUCCUUAUUUACAGAUGAAUAAAUACUUAGGUAGUUAUAUGGAUGAAGUAUCUACCUUUGGACAAGUUUCUUAAAUUAUUGAUAUAGGAGAUGAAAUAUACACAGGAUUGUUCAACCAAGAUGUUGUGAAUAGUAAGACAUUUUUAAUAUUUCUAGUCUCUUAAUAUAAGGACUUAAUAAUCGUAUUGACUGACUAUUAUGUGUUGUUUUAUCAAAAGAAUUCCAUUCCAGAUGUAAAUAGAUCUUGCAUCUACUCUAAUUACACUCAAGAUGAAAGAAAAGGCAAUUCACCCUUGUGUUCAAUAAGAUUGAUCUAUAUUCACGCAUUAAAGCAAUCUAGUCCCUUCCUCUUUUGUCAAAUGCAGUUAAACGGCGUAAAUGUAUUAAUCAUAGUAUGCCAACUGAAAUAUUUUAAUAAAUCAAAUGAUAAAAUAUCGUUUUAGGAUUAAGAAAACAUCUAAUAAUAUAUUUACUUAGAGUAUACAUAUGUCAGACUGAACAAUACUAUUUCAAUUCCUGUGAAUAUUGUGAAUGAUAGGUAGUUUUGUUACUGCUUCUUCAAUGAUUUAUAGCCUUUCUUCUACAACAAUACAAUUUACUAAAUGAUCAAGACUGGAUAUCAACAAUUGAAUUCUUAUUUUGGGAUCUAUCAAAUAGUAGUUUCAAAUAAUUAAACCAUUCAAUUCAUUAAGCAGAGCUCGUAUCCUAGCACAAAUGACUCGUAGCCUUUGUUUUAUGCAGAAGACUUUGGCUUGUCUAUGAUUGAAUAUCAAUAGAUUCAAUACUUGUACCUAAUACUAUUGCAGCCCAAUAAUAUUUUUGUGUUGGUGAUUAAUAUGACAGAUGGAUUUCCCACUAAUGGGCCUGGUAGGAAUCUGUUAUUUUAGAAGAAUGAAGACUAUGUGAGAUUCGAAAAGGCUGUGUUUAUUCAGACCAUCAACCAUCAUCAACCUCACAUUGUAAAUGAUUCAUAUAUGGAGUAAACUAUUUCGGUGGGAAAUAACAACUAAAUCUAUGAGAUUACUUUUAACAUCCUAACACUGGAAGCAAAACUGAGAUACACUUUCUAUUAAUACUUGUUAUGUCAUCACAACUUUUUGUCUCGUCCACAAAUUGAGAUUUAGUUUCAAAAUGAUACAAUAUUCUAUUUGGUCACUCAAUGCCUAUCGAAUCAAUUUGAGUACCAAUCCAUUUAAGUGGAAAUGACAUAUCUACUUAAUGAAUUAAACACCAAUAUAGUCUAUACGUCACUUUUCAUCAGUAUAAUUUACAAUCUUUAAUUUAGGAAAUUACAGUCAAAACUAUUCAAGGCCAGUGGAAAUCUUGGAACCUUAUUUGGUCAACCCAUAAGAAUUGCAUCUACAGAAAACACAACUAUAUUAGGCUUUGGAUACCCAAACCAACACAUCGAAAUCACAUGUUCUGAUAACCAACAGCACCUAUUUUUUGAUUGAUCUCAUACUGUAUGCUGACAAUGGGUAUUACUUGUAUUAUCCCAUUAAGUUAACUAAUGAUGACAGGGUAUUUAAAUAAUUUUAAUAUUUAUUAGAAUCAUUCAGUAUCCUUGAAUGUUACUGCAUACAACUCCUAUUCGAGUUGUGAGGUCGAAUUCACAUUGGAAUGGGUUGAAUAGGAUAGUUAGGUGAAUAGUCUGGCUUGGUUCUGGGCGAUACUAUCUCUUUUGUUGUUGUUGAUUUUGACUGUGAUUAUAAUUGCUGUUUAUGGUUUUUGUUAAAAACAGAGUCAGAUUGGCAGACAAGACAAGGAUUUCCCUCUGGAAAGGAUCCGAGAUGAUUAAAGUGAAUAAGGGUUGGAAUUGCAGGGGGCUGCUUAUAAUCAAUUGAUGUUGGGGGAUGUGUUCAAAGAUCUAUUACGAAAUAACAGAACGAAGAAGUAGACAGUUUCAUACGUGGACGAGUUGUCCGAUUGA